GAAAAAUAGAGAAAGACCCGCAAUAACACAAUUCCCUCCUUAUUUGAAGAGAAGAAAAAGAAACACUUUCCGUAACCGUCGGAUCUCCAGCUCUACGCCCUUUCCGUUACUCAUCCAACGGUUUUCCCGACCACCACCUCUCCAAAUUUCCCAAACACACACAACAACACACUCAACGAGUUAGAAGAGAGAAAAAAGACAAAACACAACAGUGUGUGAAAAAAUACUAGGUUGUUGUUCUUCUUCUUCUCCUUUGUUCUUUGUUCUUCUUUGUUGUUUUUCUGAGUUAGAGAGAGAGAUAAAAAAAUGGGGGUGGACUAUUACAACAUUCUUAAAGUGAAUCGAAACGCAAGCGAGGACGAUUUGAAGAAAGCGUACAAGAGACUAGCUAUGAUAUGGCACCCAGACAAGAACCCCAUCAACAAAUCCGAAGCCGAAGCCAAAUUCAAGCGUAUUUCCGAAGCUUACGAUGUUCUCAGCGACCCCCAGAAGCGUCAGAUCUACGAUCUCUACGGUGAGGAAGCUCUCAAGUCCGGUCAAAUCCCGCCACCCCAGCCUUCUUCUUCUUCUUCUGCGUCUUCCUCUUCGCGUGUCCAUCACCACCAUUUCUACAAUCGCCAGCACCACCACCACAACCCGACGUCGUUUCGGUUCAACCCGCGUGAUGCGGAGGAUAUUUAUGCUGAGAUUUUUGGAUCCGAGAGCAAUGGCGGAGCUGGCGGUGGAGGAAGCGGUGGAGCGGGGGUGAGGGGUUUUGGUAAAGACGGGUUCUUUAGGGGUGCAAACGGGUCGGAUUUUGGUGGGACACCUUCUUCUUCUUCUUCUUCGGGUUUGAGGAAAGUAGCUCCGCUUGAGAGCGUAUUGCCUUGUAGCUUGGAGGAGCUUUAUAAAGGUUCGAAGAAGAAGAUGAGGAUCUCUAGGAAUGUCUAUGAUACUACUGGUAAAUUUCGGACUCUGGAGGAGAUAUUGACCGUUGAGAUAAAACCUGGUUGGAAGAAGGGCACAAAGAUCACAUUCCCUGAGAAGGGUAACCAGGAGCCUGGUAUCAUUCCUGCAGAUGUUGUUUUUGUGGUAGAUGAGAAGCCACAUGCUCUUUAUAAGAGGGAUGGUAAUGAUCUGGUAGUCAACCAGGAGAUAACACUGCUAGAGGCCCUCACAGGGAAGACCAUUGACCUAACCACCCUGGAUGGAAGGAAUCUCGUGAUCCCACUAACAGAUAUCGUCAAACCUGGAGCUGAGGUGGUUGUCCCAAAUGAGGGUAUGCCAAUCUCAAAAGAAGCUGGGAGGAAGGGGAAUUUGAGAGUUAAAUUUGAUGUCAAAUACCCUUCAAGGCUUACAGCAGAACAGAAAUCUGAUUUAAAGAGAGUUCUUGGAGGAACUUCAUAAUGAUUACACACGCUAAAUGUCAGGGGUGCCCAUUAACACUGCUAGUUGUUGCUAAUGGAUGUAAAUAUGGCAUGUGUAUGAGUGUAUCCUUUUGAAGAAUGUGAAUAGUAGGAAGUUUUCACAGGGUGAAUGGAGGGCCGGGUCUAGGUUGGGUUCUUCCAAUUUGGUAUCUGGAUGCCAUAUUUAGGAAUGAUGUAAUUUGUCACUGGGCUAGGCAUCAGUCCAACUGGAAGAAAUGGGUGGGAAAUACUACCAACCUUUCUGUCAUUUUUUCCAUAGUGCUACUCUGCCUUAGAAUUGGAUUCUUUAUACUUAGAAGUGAUAGUUCUUAGAUUCUCAAACAAGUGACUUCACCUCGAGCCAACUUUGGGAAAUAUUCAAUUUGUUAUAUUGGUUGAUUAAAGAUGCAACUCUUGUUUUAUUGGUUUAAUAAAGAUGCCACUCAUGAAUUUGUUCUCUUAA